AUGCGCCUUCGCGACAUCAAAGACAUUGACCGCGAAGCCAUUUCCGACUUUGCCUGGAAAUGGCGCUGCAAAAUCUUUCCCGUCAAAGAUGCAACCUUCUCCAAAGAAGCCGGCGAUGGCAAAGACGCAGCCGUCUUGGAGGGCGAUGAUUCCAAGACUGGCGCCGCAGCCAACAGCGACAAAGACGCAAACUUUGGCUCAAGCCCAAUCAUCAAAACGCUCUACGACAAAAACACUUCAGAUUCGUACUCGCCUCACGAAUGGGUGGAUUAUCCGCCCAAGCAAAUGUCCAAAUCGGCAGCUCGUGCCCAAGACCGAGUCGCAAUCAAGGUGUACAAGGCCAGAGACCAUCGCAAGCCUUGCAUCUCGGGGCGAAUCCCGCUCAAGUACCACAAGAUUGAAGUCCAGAAUCUUACUCUGGUGGCCGCGUUGGCGCCAAUUGUGAAGAAGGAGAAUCUUCAUCUCGAUGUCAACGAGGCCGCUACUUUUGAAGAGCCCUUCCGCAGCCUUUGGUUCUGUCAGGACGACAUCAGGGAGCUGUACAAGAAGACGGAAUCAUCUGAUCCAUUAAAGGCUUACGUGAAGCUAUUCAUCCAAGUCUUGGAUGACAUGUUCCGCGAAAUGAUUGUCAAGCGACGAAACAUCCAGACUAGUCGCUUGGUUGACUUCAGGACAGCCUGGACGCUUUUCCCAAGAGGUUCAACCGUGUACAGCUUUGGCAUUAACGCAGAAUUCUUUGCCAAGGUCGACAGCACAGUCUACGUAAACAAGAACUCUGGCAAUGCGUUACAUAUCAAGACCAAGGUUCUCAGAUUCAACGGCGAAAAAUUCGUCUGGCAGGACCACCUGCUCCUGAUCGAAGAGUUUGAGGGAAACAAGCCCAUUCUCGAGCUGGGACAUUACCCGCUCGAGUUUCACCAAGAUCCAGAAGGCGUCAAGCAACGCCUGACAGUCCGUGGCCGUAAAGUCCUCGAUCUUCAGGGCCUUCAAUAUCGCCUGUACAACGGAAUUGCUCUCCACGACACCGGGAAAGAGUGCAUCGAGAAGCACAAUGUCGAAGGCCGCAUUCUCCUCGACGCCGUUGGCUACAACAAGUAUCACUUGGCCAAAGGAAAGCGAGAAAACGACAAGAAAGACGACGAGUCGACAGUGGGCUGGCGUCUCUUUGACUCGGACUCGGACUCUAGCUCGAGCUCGGAUUCAGACUCGGAUUCUCUAAAUGAGACUUCGGCUAAGCGGACUGCAGUGCGCCGACUGGGAGAAAGGGACUUUUUGCAGAACAAGCAGCACAUGGAGUCGCGAGAAGAGGAUCUUUGCUUUAUUUCUGGGAUGCUGGGCGGAUACGCCUUGAAGAACAAGAUAUGGAUGGAAUUUUACAUUGAAGAUGUCGAGCCCAUGGUGUGGAACGACACGGCCUACUCCCAUCUUGUCUAUGAUGAUCAGCAAAAGGACCUCGUUCUCUCCUUUGUUCAAAACCACAAUCCUCACCGCGUCGCCUCAGCAGCACCAACAGCCUCAUCCUCAGCUUCCACAACAUCAGCCUCUGCCACUCCAGCGCCAAUGGAAGAUGUCAUCGUCGGCAAAGGUCAAGGCCUCAUCAUUCUCCUCUCAGGUCCUCCCGGCACCGGCAAGACGCUCACAGCAGAAGCCGUCGCCGAUCGCACCCACCGACCACUCUUCUAUCUCCAAGCCGAAGAUCUCGGCAUCAACGCAGCAUCUCUCGGCGCCAACAUCAAGCGUGUCUUCGAAAUGGCGACGGAAUGGAAUGCCGUGAUCCUACUAGAUGAGGCCGACGUCUUCAUGGCCGAGCGAAACCCCAACGACAUCCAUCGCAACGAGUUGGUCAGCAUCUUCCUCCGAGAGCUGGAAUAUUUCCGCGGCAUCAUCUUCCUCACGACAAAUCUGUACCACACAAUAGAUGCAGCUUUCCGCAGCAGAGUCAGCUUGCAUCUCCUCUUCCAAUCACUAAACAGGGAGGCGCGCGAGACUGUCUGGCGAAAGUUCCUACAACGACUGCCGGAGCAAAAGGGAGUUGAGCUACCCUCCAACGAAGAUGAAGACGCAGUAGAUAUCAUAGAAGCAAAGCUGAACGGUCGCGAGAUCAAGAACGCAGUCCGCAUGGUGAAGAGCUGGUGCGACCACAAGGGCUAUUUGAUGACGCUGGAGAGGUUGGAGAGCGGAAUUAAAGUGACGAGCCCGCAUGCGACCAAGGAUGGUGACAUUGAUAAGGACUUGUACGAGUAA